AUGAGUAAGUAAUAUAACAAGAGAGGCAAUUAUUAGCCUCGUAAAGAAGUAUAUGAAUACGUAACAAAGGAGGAAUAUGAUCAAUAAUAAAUAAAAUAGAGUAAGGAAUAAUAGCCUAGUAAACAUAAUCCUCAAAAUAAAUAAUAAUAGUUUAAGAAAAGCUAAUAAGAAUACUAGAAACAAGAAUAAUUUUAGUAGUUGCAGAAUUAAAAUCACUAGUAUCAGAAACAAAAUAAUUAGAAGGACAAUCGAAAUUAUUAGAAAAGAUUUGAAUAGAAUGUUGAAUUAGAUGAUAAUAGAAGGGAUGAUGAAGAAGAUGUUGAAAAUUUUGAUAUAACAAAAGUAAAAUAGAAAGAAUUGACAUCAACCUUAAUAAAAAUGCUUAAGUAUAGAAAAAUAGAAUGUCCAGUAUGCUAUGAUAAAAUUAAUCCAUAAUAGAAGAUAUGGAGUUGUACUUAGUGUUAUUCUCCAUUCCAUUUACAUUGUAUGCAUAAAUGGAUAAAGAACUUAAAUCCAAAAAAUAUGAAUGAAUAGUAUUGUUGGAGUUGUCCAAAAUGCAAUUUAUUGAUAUAAGAUAAGUUACCAGAAUAUAAAUGCUUUUGUGGAAAACAAGUAGAUCCAGAAGCAGAUUUCUAUUCUAUUCCCCACUCAUGUUCAUAGAAAUGCUUAAAGAAGAGAGGACAAAAUUGUUCCCAUCCUUGUCCUAUGGAUUGUCAUCCUGGUCCAUGUCCUGAUUGUCUUUUAUAAGGAAUUGAAAUCAAGUGUUUUUGUGGCAAGAAGAGUAAGUAAUUGUAAUGCAGUGAAAUAAAAAAGGAUUUUUCAUGCGGUUAACCAUGUGGUAAAAUGUUGAAUUGCACAAAUCACUUUUGCCAAAAACCAUGUCAUAGUGGAAAUUGUUAACCUUGUAUUGAGACUCAUGAAGUAGAAUGUCAUUGCGGAAGUGAAAAGGAGACUAUAAAUUGUGCAUAGAAUUCAUAUUCAUGUGGUAAAAUAUGUGGGUAAGUACUUGAUUGUGGUUAACAUCAAUGUCUAGAGCAAUGCCAUCAAAAGUGUUAGCCAUGCAAAUUAAAACCAGAAUUAGUAGUAUAUUGUGCUUGUGGCAAAUUUAAAAUUAAUGAUUUAAUCAAGGACUAAAGAAAAUCCUGUUUAGAUCCAAUCCCUAAUUGUGGAACUCCAAUAGAAACAACUCUUACAUGUGGACAUAAAAGCAGAACCAUCUGUGGAUCUGAUUAUCCUGAAUGCGUGUAAAAAGUAAAAGAGAAAUGCAGAUGUGGAGAUUCUACUAGAAUAAAAUUAUGCAACGAUAAAUCAAUAUUUGUGUGUGAUGAUGUAUGUAAAAAAAGAAAAUCAUGUGGUGUUCAUUUCUGCUAAAAGGAGUGUUGUCCACCUGGAGAUUAAGAUGCUCAUUUAUGUUUGAAAGUAUGUAAUAAACAAUUACCUUGUGGUCAACAUAAAUGUGAUUAAUUUUGUCAUAUUGGUGCAUGCAAACCAUGUCCAAUUAUUAUUAACUAACCAUUCUAUUGUCCUUGUGGCAAGAGUGUUAAAAAUCCCCCCAUUAAAUGUGGGACUGCUCCUCCAUCAUGCUUAGAAGUAUGUAGCAAAAUCUUAGAAUGUGGUCAUAUAUGCAAAUCAUUGUGUCAUCCUGGGCCAUGUCCUAAUUGUAUGGAGUAAAUCGAAAAAUUAUGUCGUUGUAAAUAAAACUAACCUUCAACCAAUUGUUCAAAAUAAGCAGUCUGUAGAAGUGUUUGCAAUAAAGUAUUAAAUUGUGGACAUAAAUGCCAAGAGAUUUGUUAAGCAUAAGAGGAAUGUGAAGGGAAUGGGCCUGAUGGUUGUGGUUAAAAAUGCAAUGCCAAAAAAAUAUGUAAUCAUUUAUGCUAAGAAAUUUGUCAUCCAAAUUAAUCAUGUCCCAAAAAACCUUGUAAAAUCUAAGUUAGAGUAGUAUGCAGUUGUGGUAAUAGAGAGUCCUUUGUCGAAUGCGGAAUUGUUGAUGAACUAAUUGAAAAAUCAUUGGAAUGCGAUUAAAAGUGCUAAAAUAUCAAAAGAUUUGGAGCAUUUUAUAAAACUAAUUCUAUGGCAGAUACUGAAAAAUCCUAUUAUUAUCCAGAUAUCUUAAUUAAAUAUACUCAUUAUUAUUUAUAGGAACUCUAAAAAAUGGAGGAUAAGAUCUAGCAUUUCUUUGGACAUUCUAAAAUAGGAGAAGCAUUAGAUUUUUUAAUCCCAAAAUCCGAAUGGUCUGACUUUUAGAAAUCAGCUCUAUAUAUUCUGUAUUCCAGAAAUUAUAAAUUCGAUACCCAAGUUUUUAAGACAUAAAAUACAUAAUAUUUGCUUAGACUUCAUAAGACAUAAUAAACUUGCAUCCCUAAAAUUAAGCUAUCUGAAUACUUUUAAAAAGUUCAAAAAGGUUUAAUCAAAAGAGAUCAUUUACCAUUUAAGGCUAAAAUCAUGACCUAGCUUGAAGUUUCCUCAACAGAUGCUAGUAAUAUUGAAAAUGCCUUAUCAGAAUUCAAAGGAGAAUUUUACUUUGAAAGGCAAGCACAAUAAUUUUCAAUCAACUUUUGGGAAGAAACCCACACUGAAUUGGCUCUACAAAAACUUAAGAACUCAGUUGAAUUACUUAAUUUUAAUUGGGCUUUAGAAUUAAAUCAAUAAUGUUUGGAUGAAUCAAAAAAGAUCAUUGAACCUGCCUAAAAGAAUGACACUAUUGUUAAACCAAAAAAAAUGAAUUAAUAUGAAUAUGAAGAUAAAACUCUAGAAGUUUAAUACUCAUAAUCGUAAAAUGAAAAUUUCACUAAACUCCAAAAGGAGUAUUCUUAAAAAGCCAAAUUGAACAAAAAGUGCGAUAUUGAAGAAAUAGAAGAAAGAAUUAAAAAUUAAAAAUUAUCCAUUUUUGAAUAAGAUGGAUUUUAUUAAUAUGAAAUUAAACCCAUUAGAGACAAUAUUAUUAGAGCCUACAAAUAACAACAAAAACCAUUUGUACCUGAAUAUGUCAGAACUCCAGAUACUUUGUGUAAAACUGUUGAUUUUCUCCUUCAAAACUUCUUGACAGCAGAUGAUCUUGAUUCAGAUUAAGAUUUCAAGAAGCCUAUGGAAGGAGGUAAUCCAAGGGACAUUGUGUAUGAAGAUAUAUACGAGUUCAUAAAUGAUAGAUUAAAAUAAAUUCAAGUAGAAUUGAAUUACCUUCAAUAUGAGGAUCAGAGCAUUUAUGUUAAGAUUAUUCGGUUUUAUAUUUUGUCUCAUUCUUAAUUAUUGGAAAAUUAAGAAAAUCUUAAAACUUUAUGCGGAUUGUUAUAGACAUUCAAAAAUGAUGAAACAUUAUAAUAUACUUUAAUAUUAUCUUGUUUCAAUGAAAUUCCUGAAUUUUCAUAAUUCUAUUCGCAAAUGUUAGGGAUUAAAGAAUAAGACAAUUUAAGUCCUGUUAUUUAAUCCAUGAUAUGCUUAGCAACUUAAGUUAAUUCAAAGUUAUAUCACAAAUACUUUUAUUUCUAUCAUAAGCAAGAGAACUUUUUAAUUAAAUCAUUGAUGCAUGGAUUUCUCAAUAAAAUAAUGAUUUAAGUUAAAGAAUAAUUCUAACAAAUUGCUUCAAAUUUAGAAUAAAAUUAAACAUUUAUUCCUGUUAAUAAACUAUUAGAAUAAUUAUAAAUAGAUAGCAAAGAUAAUUUAAUCUAAUAUUUAAAUUAAUUAGGCUUGGAUGAUCCGUAAUUUUAAGUUUCACAAGCUGACUCUGAAUUUGAAGAAAUAAAUAUCUCAUAAAUUUAAUCAUAAUUAUAGAAUAUGAAGCCAUAUGAUAUUCUGGAUCUUGAUAGAUUGGAAUUGAUAAUGUGA